AUGCACCUCCCCCACAACUCCUCCGCCUCCCCAUCCCUUGCUAGCAUGGCUCGUAAGCGUAAGGGGCAGGCCCUUAACGACUGCCCCUCGGAUCUAAACGACAUUCCGUACAUCCGCUGGAUGAACCAGCAGAUCGCCAACGGUCGCCAUCCUAGGGGAUUAUCCGCGCCGCCCGUGCUUGACGGCCAGGGAUCCGCUGCACAGUCGCCCACAGCGGCCCCGUCACGUGUGCGCCGUCAGCCUGCAAGGACGGCAGCAACGCACCGGCCAGUCGUGGAGCAAUACGACGACGACCCUGACGCCGACGACCGCGAAGAAGGGGGUGACUCCGAUGACGAGGUGGAGGAGCCCGAAGACCAGGGAAUGUCGCCCAGCGACGAAGACGAAGACGACGACGACGAUGAGGAUGCCGAGGAGGACGUCCCGGAGGAAGCACAGCCUGUCGCUCAGCCGCCGAAACGGAGCGCCGCACGCAAAUAA